GGUGCUGGACACCAUGUGCCAGCGCGAGGCUCGCGCUUCCCCAAAGUUGGCUUGAAUGACUCCGCGCUCUCCCAAAAGUCCAUGAACCGGCGAAAAGGCGCCUCUCGCCUUUACUUCGUCUGCCACCAGCCGUUGCGCAGAGCUCGUCCGAACGCGAGCUCGGCGCGAUGACUGGAAGCCCGGAAUGCACCGUGGACAAGUGCGUGUGCCAGCAGGGACCACCCCUUCUGUCCGUGCACUGGAGCGACGUCUGGGCUGCCCUGGUGCGGAGCCAAGCGUUGUGCGCCUUCCUUCUCGUCUACACCAUGUCGUACGCUAUGCGUCUUUUCAUCACGCAAGACCUACUACUCACGAAGACGUGCCUGUAUCAUUUUCGCCUGGAUCCCUUCCUGUGCGCCAAUGUCAGUAACUGGACAGAGACGAAGGACUCCAUCGAACGUGUAGCCAACAACUACAGCCUGUUCAUGCUCCUGGUACAGCUGACGCCGGCAGCCGUGCUUUCUAUUUUCCUCGGUCCCUGGUGCGACAAGUACGGCCACAAGAUACCCAUCUUCAUGGCAACCAUGGGUGGCGUCUUCCAGGACCUCGGCACCAUCUACACUGUCGUGGACAUGGGGGCACCGCUAUACGCCAACGUUUUGUGCAGCCUUCCGAACGGCUUUAGUGGUGGUCUGGUAUGCGUACUGACUGCAGUGUGUAGCAACGCGUCCCUCUCCAGCCAAGGGCCCCUGCGUACUUUGCAGUUUCUCAUUGUGCUAAUGUCAGCCAUGAUAGGCAUGGCAUGCGGCCAGCUCGCGGCUGGACAUGUCUUCCGUUCGGGUGGUUAUUUGCCAGUAUUUGCGAUGUCGGCCGGUAUGUUGCUCGCCUGCUUACUCUGGGUGGCCCUUGUCAUCAAGAACCCACCAACCGCACAUAAGGCCGACUGUAAGACCAUGUGUAAGGAUCUAUUGCAGGUGCGCAACUUUGUCAACGGGAUUCUUGUAGUGGGCCGAACGAGAACGCAUAAGGGACGGGCACAGAUUCUACUGCUCAUGUCUUCCAUGUGUACCAUUCUUUUCGUUUCUGAAGGUACGCGGGGCAUCAACUUCUUUUACGCCAAGAAAAUGUACGAUUGGGACGUGAGCAAGUACUCGGACAUCAACGCGGGCUUCCUGUUCCUCCGCAUGGUCAGCGUGAGCGUAUUUGUUAUCUUGGCCAACGUGUUGCUUCGUCUCUCCGACUGCACCAUCGCCCUCAUAGGGAUCUGUUGCGGCAUCAUGCAGAGCGUCAGCACGGCACUUGCUAGAAACGAGAUUCUGUUCUAUGUGAGUUACCUUCUGGGUACCUUAGACGCGUCUGCACCGAUCGGUAUCAAGUCCCAUGCCUCCAAGCUCCUUGACCGAGACGAGACAACCCAGGUGUUCUCUGUGUGGAUCGCUGUGGAAGCCUUGACCCCCAUCGUGGGCUACGUCUUUGGUUCCCAGGUCUACAAUGCGAGCAUCAACUUCUACCCGGGCAUGCCCUACGUCAUUUACGUCAUCUUUGAGCUUUAUCCCUUGGGGUCUGUCCUGUAUUGCUGGUUCGCGUACCGCGACAAGGCUUGUUCUUGCCCCUGCGCUUCCUGCCUUCAGGCGUACGCUACCGGAGGUGUGUGUCUAGCGCCCGGUUCCUCUCACCAGGGUGCGAAGCCAGCUGCGCUUUUUGAUGAAUCUUGGCCACAGAACCUUGAUAGCGGGGCUUCGACAUCGGCGGACAUAGCGCUCAAAAACUGCUCGCCUGUAGAGCCCCAUACAGCCAGGCACAAAAAUAGUAAAUAUGUAACGACGCCGAACUAUGCUUUGGAGCAUUAGAUAUGUGAUGACGUUGUACUGUACGUUGGAACAGUAAGGCGAAAGGUACUGGCAUCCCACUGGAAUCCGUCAUCGGUCCCGGGAUGUGCUCAGUAGACUAGCGCUUUCAACUAGUUAGUGCAAUAAAGUUACUGUAA